AGCCAGAAGAUUUUAUCUAGCUCAAACAAGGCUGCCGGUGCCCUUUUUUUCUUUCCCACGAGGGUGUUUUUUGGCAGCAAUUGCAUGAAAUCCCAAUGGUGUAGACCAGUGGCGAUGGAUCUAGGAGUUUACCAACUGAGACAUUUUUCAAUUUCUUUCUUGUCAUCUUUGCUGGGGACUGAAAACGCUUCUGUGAGACUUGACAAUAGCUCCUCUGGUGCAAGUGUGGUCGCUAUCGACAACAAAAUCCAGCAAGCUAUGGAUCUGGUGAAGAGCCAUUUGAUGUAUGCAGUUAGAGAGGAGGUGGAGGUCCUUAAAGAGCAAAUCAAAGAACUAAUAGAGAAAAAUUCCCAGUUGGAACAGGAAAACAAUCUGCUGAAGACAUUGGCUAGUCCGGAGCAGCUCGCCCAGUUUCAGGCCCAGCUGCAGACUGGCUCCCUGCCUGCCACCACGCAGCCACAGGGGAGCACACAGCCCCCUGCCCAGCCUGCGUCCCAGGGCUCAGGACCAACGGCAUAGGCAGAUGUAUCCCCAUGGAACUGGCUGCUGCUAUCUGAUCUGAACAGAGGAGAAGAUGUACUAGGGAGAAUCCACGCCCACAGUCACCCAUUUCAUUGCUUGCUGCAAAAGAGAAGUGAGACUGACACAUGCCAUUAUCUCGUUUCCAGUAUUAAGCACUCUUAAGCUUUUGGGUUGAAGAAACUUAGCUGGGUGAAUUAAAGGUUAAUCAGAGAAUUAGCUUGGAUGUGCCCUGUGCGGCUUGGCAGAUACUGGAGGAAUGGCUUCACUGCUGAGAGCCGAGUGCCUUUCUUCCAUUCCUUCCCUGCUGUCCACCCCACUUCCGAGAGUGUCCUCUCCCGCUUGCACAUAGUUUACCGCAUGGGGUCAGGAAGCAGGGGAGCUCCUCACUGGACUCUGCUCUCUCCUCUCCUCCCAAGAUGAAGAACUUCUAAGGGAGGCAAGAGACAAGACAAAUGAGGGGAAUGCAGUUUAUUAUACGGAUUGAUGACUGUCACCCAAAUACAUUUUAAAAAAGUACUGUGCCUCUUUGUGAAACAGCAGAUGACACAAAACAUUAGUGGGAAAUUGAUGACAGAUAGCUGGAAUCUAGGCUAUCUUACUAUGAAGGUUGUUUUGCUUAUUGUAUAUUUGUGUACGUAGUGUAACUAUUUUGUACAAUAGAGGACUGUAACUACCAUUUAGGUUGUACAG